CAUUGAACCAUAUUAUUUGAUUAGAAAACCAUUUAGAAACACUGCCCUUUGUGCAAUUUUGCCAAUUCAUCAGACGUUAUUUCUAUUUUACAGGCAAGAUCCAGAGGGCUCGAUUCACGAUACAAAGAUGGAAGAUGAAGUGAAUGAUAUAGACUACUUGAAUGACAUCAUUCCCUAUAGAUGUCCAAAGUGUAGAGAUGAGAGAAAAUUUUCUUCCCUCUCAGAUUUGCGUCUUCAUUUAGAGAAAAAUCAUUCGUACCAGGUUGGAUAUGUGAGACCUCACUCAAGGACGCAGGUCUUUGAUGCCAAAUCUGUAAAAACCAAACACAACACCACCAUCAAUAAAGGAUUUAUGAGAGAGGAACCAUCUUGUUCAAGAAAUGGAUCCUUGGAUGGAAGAUCUUCCCCUUUACUUCUGAGCUUCAAGGAAGAUGCUAGGAUACUAGAGAGUGAACUCAAAGCUGCAAAGGAGGCUGAAAGGAGAAAUAAAAUGAGAUCAAAGAAUGGAGAGAAUGGAAAAAUAGAUGAAUCAGGCACAAUCCAUAAUUUACAUCACAAGUUGAUGUCGUCUAGAAGUAGGCAAUGGAGAGCCGAGGAGGCUUUGUAUAAUAUUGACAGUGUCCUGGAAAAUCUAGAAAAGUCUGCCGAGAAGAGAUUCCAGGAUCAGAGAGGAGUCAUCAAUGAUCUUGUCUCAAAUCUAGACAACAGAGAAGAGCAAUUAAGUCAAGCUAAUACAACACUUCAGAGUUUGCAAAGAGAGCGACAGAAAUUAAUGAGAGAAACACAAGAGAUGCUUCAACAAAGUGAGAUAAAAAAUGAGAGACUCGUAUUGGAACUUGAGCGAAGGGAUGACAUUUUACAUUCUGUGGAGGGUCAACUGAAGGACCUCAGGGUCAAAACAGAGGAGAGUAUCCGACUAAAAGACAAUGAGUUGUUAGUGACAAAGGAUCGAGUUCAUCAGCUGGAAUUGGAAAAGGAGACUUUAGUGAGAGAUGUUGAAGAAUUAUUGAUGGCAACUGAUCGAGACAACACAGUCCUAAAACAAACACUUGAUUCCAAAGAGAGGCAGCUCAAACUUGUCAAUAAUGAACUGCUUAAAAUCAGAAAUGAGCAGUCUGACUUAAUGGAUGAGAGUAUGAAACUGUAUGAAGCAGCUGAAAGGGGAAAUCAGAAAUUAGAGAAGGUAAUACAAACCAAGGACAGUAAGCUUCAUCAGGCUGAGAAUGAGCUAUUCAGGAUAAAGAAGAUGCAAGAAAAUUUAGUGAGUGAAUCCCAGCUUCUGACAGAGCAAGCUGACAGUCACAGUCAAGCAAUGAGGAAGGUCCUGACAGAUAAAGAGGGGAUCAUCUCCUCCAUCAGACAGGAACUAGUGAGGGUGACAGAGGAGAGGGACAGGCUAUUACAGACAAUAGAACAAGCACCUGUCAAAAUUCAGGCCUCAGAAGGAAUUAAUAGGACUGAGGCUGCCAGUUCUCUCAACACGAUGGGGAUAAUUAAUCAUCAUAAACAGGAGUUACAUCAUCAAGAGGAUAUAACUCUUCAUCAAAAGUCUGAUCAACACAACCAAAGGGACAUAACUCCUGUACAAACUGUAAAUAAUUCGGAAUUAAGCAAACUGCAAACUGUACUAGAGGAGAAGCAAACUCAUUUGGAGGAAAAAGAAAGGGAGCUGGAAUCUUUGAGGCAGUUUAUCAACACUACAGCAGAGAAAGAGACAGUAGCUCGUAAGAAGCUGGAGGAGUUUAUCAGUGAGCUGAUAGAUCGAGCUGACCGAGCUGAGAGGGAGCUAGAUAUGAUGAGGAGAGAGGCCAAAAAAACAGUUCACCAAUCAGCUGAUAUACCAGAGAGGGAUGUACAAAACAUAAAGGAAAAUCAAAGACUGCAGCCCUCUAGAAUCCCUGAAUGCAAUCAAAUAACAGCAAACUCUACACUUGGUUCAUCAGCUCUACACUCUUCUUUGGCCCGACAUCUUGUGGAGGCGACAGUUGAACCAUGGCAAAAAUCCUUUUCAGCAUCAGCUGUUAAUAUCAGCAAAGAAAAUCUACAUCAGAAAGACUUUGAAAAUAUCAAUAAAGAAGAUAUCAAACCUGUUGCUCAAAGAAAUAGUAGGAGGCUCCCCCCAAAAAGAAACAGAGCACAUCAGCCAAACGAAUCAAAGUCCUUCAGAGCAUUACAAAACCAGUCCUCCAAUGACACAGUUGUGUCCCCUGAUGAAGAUUCUACUGAGUACUCUCCCUUGCCAGUUACAAAGUUUCCAGAGAGAAGACAACAGUUUCAGAGAACUGAUUCUAACCAAUCCUAUGUUUCACAGAGACACGGGUGGAUGGAUCCAGAUUCUGUUUUGUACAGUGAGGUUAUGGAUGACUCCGAGUUGGAAAAAGUCAGUGUUGAAUCCUUUAACAAACUUCCAGAUGAACUUCACCAAAUCUGUGGAAGUGAUGCAAAAGUGGUCUACAUACCUUUUAACAGAAAGACUGGUCAACCCAUAAAAAUGGAGCCACACCAAGAAAUCAAAAGUGAUCUCAAUACCCAACAAAACCUUGAUCAUAAUCCAUCCAUGAAUCAGCUAACCCAAAAAACACUAAGCCAAGAAGAAAAUGACCAAGAUGAGAUCUCAGACAGUUUUACCUCAAGUCAUACUGAAUUCAAAGAAAUUCAGUCAAGACAAAAGUUUAAUCGUCAGAAUGAACCCAGAAACUCUAAAGAUAACAGAAAAACUGAAUCAAGGAAUGCUUCUUUAAAAUCAUCCAAUUCUGGAAAUCAUCCAAAUCAAAGAGCUAAGGAGAGCAGUACGGGGAAAGUAGUCAUGAAGAGCAUUGGGGUGAUGGCUGAUAUUCCAUCUUUCCAAGGCACCAGUACAGAGUCAGAAUCUUGUGAAGAAAUGGAAAUGGCUGAUAAUUCACUUUCUGAUGUCAACUCAUUUUCAGAGGACUAUCCCAUGGAAAAACAGGAUUCUUUUGAGAAAGAGGUAGAUGAAAAUGGUAUUAUAUGGGGCCUAGAUGAACAAUCCCACAAUUCACUGAUGGAAUCCAGAAGAUUUAGUCCAUAUGGGAGUGAAAUGAAGAGUUCCUCAAGUCAAGGGGGAGCACUCUUGGAUGAGUCUGAUUCACUAGAUGACAUUCCUGUGAGAGAUCAAACCACUAUGAAUUGGGAUUACCACUCGGAAGAUAAUGAGAAGGCAGAAUUGAGCAGUGCCUCUUUCCAUACAUACCCAACAGUCAGAAAGCAAGUAAACUUUCAGACAAUUUCCGGGCACAGUGAUCCUACACAUUAUGGUGGUUACAAAAGAUCCAAUAAGCACAGGUUUAAUUCUAAGAAUAUAGGUUAUGAUAUUCUUGCUAAUGAUACAGAUGAAGAUGAUUACUAUGAAGACAUUCAAAGAUGGAAAGACUUGACAGCUGACGUAAACACAGAUCUUCAGAGAGAAAUGACAGAGACUUCUCCUAAGCUUCCAAGUUUUUCCAGAAUGGGAAGACCUGAAAAUCCAAGAUGGCAUUCAAGGCAAUCAUCCGUCAGAUCACCAGUGUCUACCAGAUCAGACACAUUUCUCAGUCGACAGAAGUAUUCAAGGCAAAAAGAGAGUCAUCCAGUAUAUUCAUCACAUUCUGUUCUUCCAUUUGGGGAACCACCACAGAGAACAAUGUCUUCCCCGGGACUGUAUAAGAGGUACAUAAUAAAUGAAGACAUUCCACAUUUUCACAGAAAUUUCCAUUCACCCAUUUCUUUAUCUUGGGGACCAUCCUUCAAGAGAGAAAGAUUCACUAGAAAUGUUGGAAAUAGGCUUAGUUCCAGUUUAUCUAACUUAAACCAAAAACCAUCUACAGAGCUUUAUCCCAAAACUUCCAUCUGCAAGGACUCUACUACACAGACAUGGUUACUUGAUCGACAGCUUACAGAAAAAGAUCUUCAUUUUAUGAAGGAAAUUUCCAGCUCUGUAUCCUCUUCUGAUAAAACUUUUGCCAGAAAUUCACACCUUGGAAGUCCGACACAAACCUCUAACCAGAAAUCAGAGUCUGUUCCUUCUUAUUCAACUAUGGAACAAACCAAUAAAAGAUCUACUCUGUUUGAUGGGAACUCCUCUUCAUCAUUAUCCGUAAAAGUGGACAAUCAUAGUGAGCAACAGGAACAGAAUAGUGGCAGAUCUGGCACAAGCAAUGAUAACAAACUUCAAGGGGCUUACAAUACUUCAUCUGCUAACAUGUCCAAAGACAGGCGAACUCCAAACACUGACAACCCUUUACAAACCCCUUCAGAAUCUAUAUCCAGCAAGUCACACUCUAGUAUUGAUGCUUUAGACCAACAGCUUCCUGAGAGAACAAAACUUGGUUCAGAUGAGACUGAAAGUAAAAUACAAAUCAAAGAUGAUGCUGAUCCAAAUGACAGUCAAAAAACAUACAACUCCAACAUCAUUGGAGAAAGACCAUGUCCACAGUCCUCUGAAAAUUCAAGAACAGCAGACAGUAAUGAUAGUAGAGGUAAAAUGGCAGAUGAGAGGACAAAACUGCUAGAUAAUAGUAAUUUGACAGAAGAUGAAUUCAGAAAUCAAUCUUUGAACAGUACACAAACUUCAGAUAGUGAUGCACAUGAUUCAAAACAUCUUGCCAAGAAAUCCAGUAACUGUGAACAAAGAAGGAUGUCAUAUUCAGAUCAUGGUACAAAUGAUAAAGGUGAUGACAGCCAGGGUUAUCCUCAGUCAUCCUUUUCCAUGAGUGAUUCAAAGUCUGCAACUAAUCCACCUAGUUAUCAAGGGAAAUCUUAUGGUGAAGAAAAUUUGUCAAGAAAGAGUAGUCCUCAGUCAAAAAGUGCUACACCAGAAAUCAAAUAUAUCAAAUCCACAGACAAUAAUUCUCCGAGUUCAGAGAAUAAACAAAGGUCAUCAAAUAACACAGAAACAUUUUGUGACCCUGAUGCCAUCAGUUUUUCACAUGAAAGCAAACUUUCUGGUGACCUGACAGAAGAUGCAGACGACACCUCGGUGUUGACAGACCUCAGCAUUGAUUCCCAUGUUGCUGACAUAAGCAACCAGAGCUCUAACUUCAGCACUUUCUUCAAGAACAGCUCAUCUGAAAAACAGAAGGAAGAAAGGGUAAAUGAUCCUGAUAAAGACUUGGAUUGCCAUGAGGAACCAUUGAGAUAUUUGCACUCUAACAAUGCAGCUAGUGAGGGGACUUCAGACAAAGUACUUGAAGCAGAACACAAGAUGGCAUCCCCAACAUCAGACUUUGAACCUUUCUCCAUGGCUUUUGAAACCAAACCUACUGUUUUCUCUGAGCCCCAGGAAACAGAAGAUGAGGAUGAUUUAUCUACUCUGGAUAGCUGUAGUGUUACCAUCAGCAGCUCUGAAGGAGGCAGAGUGUUGACAAACCAUAGGGAGGAAACCAGAAAGAGAAGAAGGGCCCUUCACAACAUUUUUCAAUUCCUGGACAUAGAGUCACUUCUGAUGGUGGCCCAGGUCUGUCGAGAAUGGAAGAAGGUCAGUCGGAAUAGGUCACUAUGGAAACAAGUGGUUCUGGAAAAUAGGAAGUGUUCAUCCAAGUUUCUAAUCAGUUUAUCAAGCUGGUGUACCUCCAUGGAACAACUGACUUUGAGGAAUCUUUCUCCAAGAAACCAAUGGCAAACAGAAGCAGAUGAUGUUUACCAGAGUACCAUCAGAGGGAGUUUAGAGCCAGGGUUGGAGAGACUUCUACAGGUGUCCGAGUCCUCUCUCAAGUCCAUCUCAAUCAUUAGCUGUGGUGCUCUACUGACAGACAAGAGUAUUUGGUUGGUCAGCUGUUACAGUCGAAUGCUUAGGAGUGUGGAGUACUUGUCAGAUUCAUUUCCUCUAGGACCUGAUGUUAUGUACGCCUUGGGUGCUGGAUGUCGAGAUAUCACAACACUCAUGAUUUCACCUAUUUUUCCAUGUGAAAAUGAAGAAAAAUUUUCCAACAAAUGCCUGCAGAUUGUAUCCCAGUUUUGCUGUGACCUUGAAAUUUUAAGCAUUGGUGGAUCCAAAAUAGACAUCAAUGGACUUGUACUUAUUGCCAAGGCAUGUCAGAGACUUCAUCAACUGGACCUCCAUCACUGCCAGGAAAUGACAUCAGAUACUGCUGUUGCCAUCUGUCGUCUGGGACUGAAGCAACUUCUGUCUCUGUCAUUUGUACACACACCUAUCACUGCUGACGCUCUCAAGCAUUUCUACAAUUCCUGCAAGCACUUAAAGAGCCUCCAUGUGGCUUUGUCAAUAAUGGAUUUUCACAAGGACAAAUCUGAGAAGGAGGAGGUCAGGUUAAAGAAAUGGCAGAAAUUUGUCAAAGAUAUGAAGAGCCUUGAGAACAUUCCAGGACUUGGAAACAUACUGAAGCUUAAUCUACAACACACAUGUAAUAUUGAAUAGGACAUGGAGAGACUGAUAUUCUUAAAACAUUUUUAUAAUAUUGAUAUCGGGCAGGGAAAAUAAGAAAAAUUUCAUUUAUACUUCUCCAUUGGAAGUUUUUGUACCAACCUAGUACAUUAAAUGAU